AUGUGGGCCCUCAUGGCUGCCGGUUCGAUCUUCUUCCCUGGCCUCUUCCUGCUGUCUAAGCGUAGCCUGAAGCACACAUUGGGAUGGAGCGAAGGGGACGCGGCUACCGUAUCCACCCGACUGGUGUCGUCCAUCCAGGCUGUCAUGGCCUCUUCAGCCGGAUGCAUCAUCACCUCUUCAUGCAAGGACAUCAUGGAGGACAAGCACUGGCUGACCAACACCUACAUCAUCUUUGCCACUCCCUACUUUGCCUAUGACAUUUAUGCCAUGUUCCUUUGCCACUGGCACAAGCUGCAGGUCAAGGGUCAUGAGGAGGACAGCGCCAGGCGGACGAUGAGCGCCGCCCUCCCCGGCUACCUGCGCCGGGACUUCCUGAUGGUGCUGCAUCACAUCUUCAUGGUGGUCGUGUGCUUCCCUGCGUCUGUGUUCUGGAGGCAGGGAAAGGGGGACUAUUUCCAGGGUGUCCUGUUCCUGGCUGAGCUCAGCACGCCAUCCGUCUGCCUGGGGAAAGUCCUGAUCCAGUACAAGAAGCAGCACACCCUCCUUCACAAAGUCAACGGCGGUCUCAUGUUGGUUUCUUUCUUCAGCUGCCGUGUGUUACUCUUCCCUUACCUCUACUAUGCCUACAGCAGGUACGCCUCCAUCCCCAUCUACCAGGUUCCUCUGGUGGCACCCUGGCUCUGCAACGUGGGAGCCGCUUUCCUCAUGGCCCUCCAGCUCUACUGGUUUGGCCUCAUCUGCAGAGGGGCCCUCCGUCUUUUCAUAAGGAGCCCAUGCUCGCUGACCUCCGACCUGGGCUGUUCACCGCCGUCAACCAACAGCUACGAUCCCAAUGAGGUGGACGGAGACACCAGCAGACAUUGA